AUGGUGUCAUCUCCACUCGCCGACGCCGUCUUUGCCACCGGUCGCCUCGCGUUAUGGCCACUGCAGACGCCUCGACCUCCUCGACCCGGCAGAGUGCAUGGCUCGGUGCAGAUCUGCGCUGCCGCUAGAGCCGCCACGUCGAGCCUCAUCCCCAAGCUUCCCUUCGUCGAGAAGGGCAGUGGGCGCAAGGGUGCUGGGUGGCAUACGGCAGGAGUCGCCGCGGCCGCUGUGGCCUGUGAGCCGCUGAGCACUGAGGGGCUGAGGUCGCGCCGCACGGCCGCAGCCAGCGAGCAGAGAGGAACGCAACGACGCAGCAGAGAGCAGGCAAAAGGUCCUGACGCUAGGCGGAGCGGCAGCACCGCAUCACGCAGCCAGAGGCAAAGAAGCAGCGCAGCACGGUGGCAACUAGCAGGCAGCCAUCGAAGGUGGUGCAACAUAAAAGCUCUUCCAGGAGCUACUCGUCUGAUAAAACAUUUAAGGAGUAAUGGGGUCCCUACUGCUUUGGCUUCGAACUCACCAAGAUCUAACAUAGAAGCCAAAAUUUCAUGCCAUCAAGGAUGGAAAGAGUGUUUCUCUACAAUUGUUGGUGGAGACGAAGUAGAGAAGGGGAAGCCAUCCCCAGAUAUAUUUUUGGAAGCUGCUAAAAGAAUGAACGCCACUCCAAAUUGCCUAGUAAUCGAGGAUUCCUUGCCAGGUGUUACAGCUGGAAAGGCUGCAGGGAUGCAUGUCAUAGCUGUACCUUCAAUACCAAAAAAGACUGCUGAGUUCAGUUCUGCUGAUGUGGUGAUCAAUUCCCUCCUUGAUGUGAGGCCUGAGAAAUGGGGGAUUGAAGAUACCUUACCAAUAGAACCGUGGUUUAUCAGUGGACCAGUGAUCAAAGGAUUUGGCCGUGGUUCUAUAGUACUAGGAAUACCAACAGCUAAUUUACCUGCAGAGAACUUUUCUGAUGUAGUGUCCGAGUAUACAUCUGGGGUAUACUUUGGCUGGGCUGGACUUUCAACACGUGGUAUAUAUAAGAUGGUUAUGAGUGUUGGCUGGAACCCAUAUUUUGGCAAUACUGAGAAGACAGUAGAACCUUGGUUGCUUCAUAAUUUUGGUGAGGACUUCUAUGGUGAGGAGCUGCGCCUUGCCACUGUUGGCUACAUAAGACCUGAGGCCAACUUUCCUUCGCUCGAGAGCUUGAUAGAGAGGAUUCAAGAGGAUGGGAGAAUAGCAGAGAAGGCACUAGACUUACCGAUGUAUGCCAAGUACAAAGACUCACCAUAUCUGAGAAAUACUUUGCAGCUGGGAAGUACUACUGAUGACAGCCAGGCUGAGCUGAAUUCCAAGUGA